AUGCCGAGGAUGAACUUGGCGAACGAUUUCGGCGAUGAUUUCGCAGAAAUGAGAGGGACGAAGAGAAGUUGGGAGGAGGAGGAUUUGCACACGCCGGCGCCGAGGCAAACCACGACGGCAAACAACGCGACGACGACGACGAGCUGUUUUUUUCCUCCUCCUCAUUCGACGAGCGGAGACACGAAAGAGAGAAUAAAAAAUUUUCGCAACGACGACGAUAUCGACGACUUUGACGAUUGCUUUUCCAUCGGUGUCCGAAUGCAGAGAAUGGAGGAAAAUGCGAGUGGCAGAGCUACUCAAUCUGUGACGAGUAUUCCGAGCGAAGUAGACGCUUCGCAGGGAGGGAUUCCCAUGAUUGACUCGAACGCGGUGAAAAAAUUGUUACUCGAGGAUGAGAACGGCGUAGUUUUGAUCGAUUGUCGAUACUUUUACGAGUACCGAAACGGUCGCAUAUCGUCGAGCCAUAACGUGGUGUUCCCGGACGACUGUCAGAGAGGUUUCAUAAUUGCCAGAGAUAAACUGCUGAAUUGUGCGAAUCAUAGAAAUAGCGAGAAGAGGGAUUUGGUGUACGUCUUUUACGACGACGGCGAAGCGAACGCGAUGGCGAUGCAUCACCGAGCCACGCAGUUAUUUCGACACAUCAGAAACUUAGACAGAUUGGAUAACAUGCGCACGUAUCCAAACUUGUGUUUCCCAAACAUGUUCGUUUUGAAAGGAGGAUUCAAGGCGUUCAUCGAGUCGUCGAGAGAUCGAGAAUGGGAAGACGACCAUCGAAUAUUUUACGAAGGUAGUUUUGUCUCCAUGGACGAUUGGCGUUUCUCGAACGAGACGAAAGAGUUGCACAAUCAAGUCGUCAAGCGAUGGAUUUUGGCGGCAGCCGCGCAAAGCCUGAACGAUUUCCCGACUCGAGUGUAA